AUGCCUUCAAAAAAAACAACUUCUAAAGAAAAUCUUUCCCAGCAACAAAUUUCAAUCAAUGUUGGCCGAGAUGAUGGUUUGACGUCAAACGACAACAAUGUAUCUUCUGCUGGACAGGAUGUGACCUCAACAAAUAGCAUAAAUAAUGUGAUAAAUUCUGAUACGAAUAAAACUACCAUAAUAGGGCAGGAUACCCCUAAUAAAAUUCGUAGUAAUGAUGAGAAAUCUGAGAAAUCCUCGGUAAAAACCGCGUCUCGCUCUAAAUCAAAUAUUACUCAAUCUUCAAAUAAGUCGAAUUCGACUUCGGCUAAUACAAAACAAGUUAACUCUACAAAAGAAAGACAAAAACCAAAUCCAAUUAUUACUACUAUUCGUGCAAAAUCUGAUUCUGACAAGAAAAAAGUUACGCCUACUCCUAAAACUAAGAAUAUAAAUUCUCGAAAACAAAAUAAUGAAGUAAUCAUAGACGAUGAUUCUUCUGAAAAUGAUAAUAAUUCGUCAAAUAAAAAACGUUCAAUACCGCCGAAAUUGAACCUUGCUUUCAAAAAUCGUCCUAUUGAUCCUCCAAAACAGUCUCCUUUAAGAUCUACCAUUACUUCUGAUUCAUUGGCAAAACCUCUUAUAUCUCCUAAAAUAAUGGAAUUACGUCGCUCUGAAUCUUUUACUUCAAAGUCUAAUAAUAAUACUGAUGAGAAUACUAACUCUAUUACCGAAAAUCCUAAAAAAAAAUCAACAAAACAACCAACUUUCUCUUCUAAAGUCCGCCGUGGCUCCACUGUAAGAACUCAAGCUAAAAAGACUACUUCUGCUUUGGGCGUCUUACCUAAAGGUGAACUUAAUCAAGAAUUACUUGCAAGAUUGGAAGAGCGAAAUUCUCAACUGCCUCCGCAGGAUUCUACUGAAUUUCUUCUUGCUCGUCUUGAACGUCAAAAUGAAAUGUUGGAUAACGAUCCUAAAUCAGUUUGCAUUAAAUAUAAUGUCCUUCAAGCCGAUUUAGAAACUGUUCGAUCCCUUAUCAAUAAUAAUAUGAAUUUAUCUGUAAAGGAUGCUUCAAAUGAAAUGAUUCGUAAUUUUGAAAAUGAAAACCUUUCUGAUAUAGUUGAUUUGGAUUUUUGGACUGCUUUAAUUCAAGAUUAUACUUCUGUGGCUGCAAAACUUCCUCAUCUUCUUGCUGCAAAAUUACAACAAGGUUUACCUUCAAAAUUAAGAGGUUUAAUUUGGCAAUCAAUGUCUCAAGCUUCCUCAACUUAUCUCGAAACAAUGUAUUCUCAACUUUUAUCGGAAUCUUCUCCUUAUGAUAAGAUAAUUCAACGUGAUUUAGCUAGAACUUUUCCUACUAUAGACAUGUUUAAGGAAGAAAAUGGUGAAGGUCAAACUAUGCUCUGGAAUGUAUUAAAGGCUUAUAGUCUUUAUGAUCCUUUGGUAGGAUAUUGUCAAGGGCUUCAACUUAGACAUUACCAAUUCUCAGCUCUUCUCUCGCAAAUUCUUCCUGAUAUCCAUGCUCAUUUCCUUGAAUAUGGAGUUAACGUAGCAAUGUUUGCUUCUCAAUGGUUCUUAUCCCUUUUUGCCUACACAUAUCCCUUACCACUUGUCUUAAGAAUCUAUGAUAUCGUGUUUGCUGAAGGUGCUCCAGAAACAAUCAUGCGUGUUGCCGUUGCUCUAUUACAAAAGAAUGAAGCUAAAUUACUUGAACUUGAAGAAUUUGAAGAUUUAUUAGAUUUUCUUACUACAAGCCUUUACGAUUCUUACAAUAAUGAACCUACUGGUUUAAUACGUGAUGCUAUGGCUUUAAGUUCUGUAAUUACAAAAGCAAAAUUGGAUCAACUCUCCGAGAUUUAUGUUAAAGAAUUGGAAGAUCAAAAGAAGAGAGCUGAUGAAUUAGUUGCCGUUAGGUUCAAUGGAAGAUUUGGUAGAAAUAAAAAAGAAAAGAAGAGUCGUGAGAAACGUGAUAAACCUAAACGUUGGUCUUUCGGUUCCCUUCCAAGUUCAAAGGAUUCUUCAAAAGAUUCUUCUAGUACUGCUAGUGAGUCUACUUCGGAAAAUGAAUCCUCUCAACUCCAAACUCCAACUCCUCUUUCUCCAACUAGCACAAACGUUGGUAUUUUACAUCAACAAAUAGAAGAUCUCGUAGCUGCUCUAUCUCAUCUUCAAAAGGAACAUGUAGAUAUUACCGAACAAUUAGUGACUAUUAAAAUGGAAAAGAUGGACUUUAUAACAGAAAUUGAAACAUUAAAAUCGAAAUUAAGAGGUUUAGAAAAAGAAAAUAAAAGAAUGUCAACUGAUUCAAUAUAUUCUAUUGAAUCUGCAACUACUUUAAAUGAUGAAAAUUCUUCUGGUCGAACCACCAGAAUUUCUUCACCGAUAACUCCAACUUUAUCGAAAACUGAACUUUUUAUCAAACAACGUGAUACUUUAAAUUCAAAAAUUUCACAAACAAAACAUCUAUCCGAAUUAACGUCUAAUCAAAAAUCGUCUUUAAAUAAUAAUGAUACUGAUAAUUGGUCGAAUGAAUUUAAAAAAGGUUUUGUGAAUAAUGAUGUCACAAUAACUGAAGAACUUGAACGAGUAAAGGAAGAAAAAUGGGAAUUAAUUCAAGAAAAUAUAGAAUUGGUUAAACGUGUUGAGGAAUUAGAAGUUGCGAUGGAAAAUUCUACAUUGACACAAAGUCAAUUAUUAGAUAAAAAUAUCUUUUUAAGAGAAGAAAUAGAACGACUUGAUGAAGAAGCUACACAAGCAUUAUAUGAACAAAGUACAAUGGAAAAUGAUGUAAAAGAG